AUGCCAAAAAGUAGCAUUAAAAGAUUAUAUCCAAAGGAUCUCAAGGAUUUAAAUCCAAGCUUCUACAAACCACAAUCAAUCUCAAAACUAGACUUUUUAUUUGACGAAAUUUUUUCCUUUAUCUUACCCUUAUCCAAUGAUGAGCUAAAUUUCAAAAAAAAUAAUUCUGCAAAAUUAUCAUUAUCCAAUGCAUUCCAAAAUGACAAUAUAAUCGAUUUGUUAUUUGAUAAGAAUUUAAACAAAUUGGAAAAUCAUAUUCAAAAUUACAUUGCUCAAAGGCACAACAACAAUCUGGAUUAUACUUUAAAUCAUUUUGAUAAAAGAUUUAUAAUAUUAGAUAAAUUAUUAAACUACCUAUUAAAAAUUGACCAAUUAUCUAAACUUGAAAAAUCAAAAUCUGAAAAUAAACAUUUAAUUACAAUAUCUUUGCAAGAUUUGAAAAUAUUUGGAGAUUUACUAAAUUUAAUCAUAAUUCAAGGUAUUUAUCCCUCAAUUCCUUCAAAUAUUUUAAUAUCUUUAAAUAAAAGACAGUUGAAUAAUAGUAAUAAUACUAAUGCUUUUGAUAAUCCUUUAAUUCAAAAAUUUAAAAAAUUAUAUUUAAAAUAUGAAAAAAUUCCUGAUUCUGAUUUAAUUCUACAAUUGAAUUUGUUGACUAAUAUUAUAUCUAAGUUUGACACAAUCUUGUUAUCAGAUUCCACUAUCGAUAAAGAUGGCAAUAAUUUAGAAAAUUGCGAUGUUAAAAAAUUACUUUUACCUGGUAUUGGUUAUUCGGAUAUUUUGAUUUCUUACCUAUAUUUAAUAUCAAACCCAAGCAUUCAAAGCCAAUUUGAUUUCCAAACAAUAUCUCAUUGGAAAACAAAUUUAGAUGAAAUUGAAUCCUUGAAAAAUACUUAUGAUUUAUUUCAAUUUUACUCUCUAAUACUAAAUAAUGCAAAUUCUCCCAUUUGGUUUAAAAAUGUCGUCAAAUCAAAGCUAUCUUAUUUAAUCGUAAAGAGAAUCGAUGAUGGUGUCUUUUCUUUAUUAGAUUUUAUAUGUGAAUUAAGAGAAUCCGAUGAUAUCGAUAUCGAGAAAAUUGACAGAUUUAACAAAAUUUUAUUAGCAAAACCAAAAAAUUUAGACCCAAAGUUAUAUUUCACAAAUAUAGGAAAUCAAAUUUAUAACAUAUUGAUACGAAUUAAUGAUCCUUUGAUAACAUCCAUUGCCUCAAAUUUUGUUCAAUCGCUUUUUGCUAAGAAUAAAUUUAUUAUCCAUAAUUUUUUUUUCAAAAGAAUAUGGUUUAAUUUUUCUCCUCAUUUAGAUACUGAAAAUUUUAGAAAAUUCAAAGAAAACUAUUUAAAAUCUAAAAACUCCGAAGAUAGUAACAACAAUAACAUGAAUAAGGAUGUUAUAGUUGAUGAAGCUGAAUUGAAUAAUACAAUCAAUGUAAUUUUAUCUUUAUCCAAAAAUUCCAAUGAAAAUGUCUUAUCUUUUUUAUUUAAUGACUCUUUAAUAUUAUCAUUAUGGAAUUAUAUAAUAUUUUGUAAAAAAACCAAAAGGAUUUCUAAUAUUGGAGUCAUCACAGAUCUCUUUAAAAUAUUUUUCACUUUAACGUCAAAUAUAAAUUCAUUAGAUUUGAUCUCCAAAAAUUUAUUUACCAUAUUAAAUGACAACUGGAGUUUUGGAAAUGGUGACAAUGGUCUUGUUUGUAUUAAAUUCAAUGAGUCUGUUGAUGAAAUUUCUAACCAAUAUACAAAUGAAAAACUCAUAGGUUUAUUGGAUAUGUUGGUUGAAACGUUUAUUGAUUUAUUGAAAAAAUUAGAUAAUGAUGAUUUAAUUCAAAAACAGUUUUCUUUACUUUUAAAAAGAUGGCUACCAAUGAAUAUUGAUCAUUUUCAUUCAAAUUUAAACUCUACAAAAAAUGAAAAAACCGAAAAAUUGGUCAUUGAUGGAGAAAAUGAAAAUGAUUUCAUUAAUCCAUUUACUGUUUUAAUUGAUUUGAAACUAUUAGAAGAAAUUUCCAAUAAAUUUAAAGAUAAAUUAUUAAUUUUUAAAAAUGAUAAAUCAAGCCAAAAUGCAUUAGAAAUCUUGGAUAUAAUUAAAAAAAUUCUUGAAAUAAACGUUAAAAAAAUGGAUAAGUCCAAACAGGGUAAUAAUAUCAAAAGUAGUAGUAUAUCUCAUAUUAUUGAUAAUAAUAAUCAAAAUACUGAAAGUGAUGACAAUGAAGAAGAUUCUGAUGAUGAAGAUGAAAGUCUUGAAACAUCAGAAUCAUUAAACUUAGUUCUUGAAUUACUAUCUGCAAUUCUUUAUGAGACAGAUCCCAAAGAAUUCUCAGCUGAUUUUAUGCAAAUGUUGAAAUCAAUGAAAAGCUUACUUAAAAAGUUGUCGCUGCAAAAUCAUGCUGCAAAAUCCUUAUUGGCAACAAUAAUUGAAAUGACUAAUGUUGAGAAUAAUAAAGCACAAAAAGGUAUUUCAAACAAGAAAUUAACUGAGGAACAGCAGGACAUCAAAAUUUUUUCAAAGGCUAUCAGCAAUCUUACUGAUCCAUUGGUUCCAAUAAGAGCUCAAAGUUUUUACUUGAUUAGAAAAUUAAUUAUAAAGGAAUCGCCGGUAAUAUCCCUUGAAUAUGUUUUGAAUUUACAUUUGAUUCAUUUGAAAGAUGAAGAAACUUUUAUAUUUUUAAAUGUUAUUAAAGGUUUAGAUUCAUUAAUUGAAUUCAACAAGGAUGGAACACUACCGAAAUUAAUGAAUAUUUAUAAAGAUGAUGCGAGUAAUCUUGAUUACAGGUUGAAAAUUGGCGAAGUAAUUUUGAGGGCUAUAAAAAGGUUAGGAGAGGUUCUUAAACCAGAGCUAUUGAAUUUGUUAUCUAGCACAUUGCUAGAGAAUAAGAUAAAAUCAAUUGAACAAUUCAAGAGCGAUAAUAGAUUGAGGAUGUCAUCAAUGUCAAUUUUGGGACAAAUUUGUCAAAUUAAUCCUUAUGGCAUACAAUCAAGUUUGGCUGAUGCAUUUGACUGUGUAAUUGGGAUACUUGAAAUGGAGACAAAAAACGAAGAAAUGGAGGCAAUUAUGAGACGAUCUGCUAUUGUUCUAGUAAGUGAUUUGAUUUCAGGGCCUGGAGGAUUGAUAGGUGUUCCCAAGGGAUAUGGAAAGAAGGUAUUGAAAGUUUUGAAAUACAUCAAAGAUACAGAUGGUGAUUUAUUGGUGAGAGAUCAAGCUGAAGAUACAAUCGCUCUUAUUAACAAUACAGUAUUAGAGGCCUUUAUACCAAUAGAAACUAGAAAAUGA